UAUAAAAAUCGUGUGCUAAAUAUACAUCGAUACAUACAAUGGGAAUAUGAACCAUACUAACUUUAUUUGUGUAACAUAUCGUGUUUACAUGAGUGAUAUAUACAUGUAUAGUUCUUGGAUUUUUUUGAGAUAAGCUAAGCUCUAGACAUAUGUCUUUUGUUAAACAUAACUCGGAAAACCAACAUGAUGUUAAUAGUGUGUUUAUAAGAGGCUGUUCUAGAUCGAUUGUCGAGAGUUAUGAGAGACAGCAAUUGUAGAGCCCACUAGAGAUUAUGCCGAGUGGAAUUGACAUCAGCUGUUUGUGCUAGUAACAAUAAAGGGAAAUUCGUGAAGGAAAAUAAAAAAGUAAGUUGAUAUUGCAAACUUUAUCACCAACGUCAAAAGUGUCGUAAAAUAAAAGAGGUUCGGAGAAAUUAAUAACGUGACGUCAUCGACAGAGAAUAAAAAGAAUUUGAUUUUACCAGCGAAAUGAGAAACGAUGAAGACGAUUUCAAUGUUGAGUUGAAAGACAGUAUAAUCAACCUAAUUAAAAACGAUGUCGUUUCUGACGUUCAAAUAAAGAGCAGUGACGUUAUUGGUGGUGAAAUUAAAAACGAUGACGUCAUCGAUGGAAAAAUGGGAAACGGUGACGUAAAAAGUACAAAUAGUGAAUGUAAGGAGCUUAACGCUAAAGAAGAGACUGUUAAAUUUAUAGAAUUUGACGUCAAAGGUGAUCAGGCGGAAACUUUUAUAGAAUUUGAGGUCGAAGAUCAUAGAGAUGUGGACGGAGAUGGACAGACGGACGGUGGUUAUGUACAUAGACUGCUCCAUACGAUGUGUGUCUGUGGCAGCAUGUUUGCAUUGGGUUGGAGAAACGGACUUGUUGGACCCACUUUUCCAGACCUGCGACUCAUUAUGAACGAGGACUUGUCAACAGCAUCAUGGAUAUUCUCAGCCAUUUCUAUAGGAGGUUUGCUGGGAUCCGUAAGUGGGGGGCUGGCGUACGACCGGAUGUCGCGUCUCUUCGUCUUCCUAUUUAUCACGGGUGGGCUCGGGCUGGUGGCGGCUGUCACACCCUGGUGCUCCAACUUUGCCGCCAUGUUUAUAGCGCAUGUGUUGCAUGGGGCUUUUGCAAGCGCUUUGGAUACAGCGGCGACCACAGACGUCACGGUUAUAUGGCGGAACAAAGCAGGCUCCUAUAUGCAGGCCGUACACGGAGUUUUUAGCGUCGGAGCAAUCUUAUCCCCAUUUGCUACACAGCCAUUCCUAGCCAAACGCCUACCCGUAAACGUCACUGGGCCGAUGACGUCACUUGAUGUACGAAUGGUGUCAGAUGUUCAGAUGACGUCAUUUAUCGAUGGCAAAGGAACAAAUUACAGUGUAUUUGGAGAAACGACCAUGAAUUCAACACCAAACCUUAAUGAUAGUUCAUUCAUAGUUUCAAGUGCGGAGGAAGAUGAUGUAUUGAAGGAUUUAUACGGAGAAACACGGAUUUACGUCACAUAUUUUGCUUCGACGGCACUUUGUAUGGUCGUCGCAUCUUGUUAUAUAAUUGUGACAUUGGUAUAUGGGAAUAUCUAUAAACGCCCGGUAAAUAGGAAUGAUGGCUUGAUGAAAAUAAAAGACAGGGAGUAUUUCCUUUCCAAAAGAUUGAAAAAUAUAUUUACUGUGAUGUUAGCCAUAACGUUGGCGUUGUAUGUUAUGAGUGAACGGUCAGUUACAAAUUUCUUAAUGACGUUUGUAAUAACAAAACUUCAUUGGUCGAAAGCACAAGGCUCGUACGCUUCAUCGACGUUCUGGAUUACAUUCGCCGCCGGUCGCCUGUCGGGGAUAUUCGUUGUGAGAUAUCUAAAAACGACGUCCGUUAUUCUGAUAUAUUUUACGUCUCUGACGUGCGCCGGUGCGUCAUUUUGGAUCGCCGUUGUAUAUGGCGUUGACGUUUUAACGUGGAUCAGCAUCGCAGUAAUAGGUUACGGAAUGUCCGGAAUUUUUGCUUCAAUGUUUUCAUGGCUGUCUGAAAACGUUCGACGCUUAACAGGAAAGAUUGCUAGCAUUUUAUUUAUAUUCCUAAGCAUAGGAGCCUCAUUGUACCCUAUUUUAGUUGGGUACCUAAUGGAUCACGUGUCAAUAAUGUGGUUUGUGUACCUGCAGGUUAUGAUUUUUAUCACUAUAACAGUAUGCUUUAUUUUCAUAGCGACCUUUUAUAACGUCCUUGCCAAACGAUAUUUUAAGACGGGUGCAAUCAAAGUUUGAUUUCACCAGCGGAGAGAGUACAACCAGCGCCACAACCCUAACCUUAAAUCGAUUAUAUAAUAAAGGAGAUAAAAAAGGUAAUGAAACACGCCCAAAAUGCAUGAAUUUGGACGAACAUUUGGGCUGUAUUCAACAUUCACCUUAGAUUGAACUUAAUUUUAAGAUUAGAAUCCAAGUGUUUUGAUUGGUCUGUAACAAUAACUGACCAAUGGAGCGAAUAAAAUCACUGAGGUGUGCCUAAGGAUGAGGAUAAGAAUAAUAUUAAAUAUUGGCCUGGGUCGUUAUUAAACUUAUGUUAAUCUAAUGGUCAUACACCAUUGACUCCAUAAACUCUAUUGGUCAGUUAUUUAUAACACGUUAUCCGAUUGGCUACAUCGUUCUUAGAUCCAACUAAGACCAAUAUUGAAUACCAGCCCUGAACUAAAACCCCGUUCAAGAUACAUGUAUUUACAAGAAACUGUGUGUAAAUGUUACCAGUACGCACAUGUGUAGCAAAGUAUGUGACACAGGCAUUAAUAAUGCCCAUUGAUAUAAAUCGAAUCAAGUGAUACAAAAACAUUUGCGUUGCCAUGACUCAAAAUCGAUUAAAAACACUAGAGCGUUGGCGUUCGUGGUGACGUAAAGUUUUCCUUUCAUAUGUAUACAUGUAUAUGCUAAUACUGUGAUAAAACUGAUAAAUCUCAUUAUUAUGGUGGCAUAUAACUGCCGUAAAAUAACCUGUUAAUGUUCGCGAAUCGUGUCGUGUUAACCACUUAAUUUUCGCGAUAAUUAUCUAGCUAUCUAGUUAUUAUUCGCGUUAAUGUUUUGGUAAGAUAAAUAUCAUAAGACUAAAAACAGGCUUGAAAGUGCCCAGAACUGCCAACUAUUACCUUUUAGCUGUACAACAUUAACAGGUAAUCUAGUUAUGGUUUGCGAAUUGUACUUAAUAAGUAAGAUACUAACUGGUUAACGUAAUACGAUUCGUGUUACCACUUAGUUAUAAAUGCAUUCAAUAUUCAGGCACUAACAGGUUAUCUAUUUAUGGUUUGCGAAUUGUACUUAAUAAGUAAGAUACUAACUGGUUAACGUAAUACGAUUCGUGUUACCACUUAGUUAUAAAUGCAUUCCAGAUUCAGGCGCUAGCAGGUUAUCUAGUUAUGGUUUGCGAAUUAUACUUAAUAAGUAACAUACAAACUGGUUCACGUAAUAAGAUUCGUGUUACCACUUAUAUAGCUAUAAAUGCAUUCAAUA